GCUUAGCCUUCCGCAGCUCCCGCCUACUUACCGACUCAAAGCCGUCAGCUAAUCAGACAGCAGCGUGACGCGACGCGACGUGAAGCGUGUAAUAUUCAUGAGGCGAGGCAAGCCUUUGCCGUAGUAGCGCAGUUCCAGCGCCGCGUUUCUCCAGCGCGUCUGACCGCCGAGGGGAGCUUCUGUCGCGGCGCUUGAAUGAGGUUGAUGCUGCUCUGCUGCUCCUGGAAGGACGAACGCAUGGGAGAGGAGGAAGCCGGCGGCAGGUUGCCGGAGUGUGCGGGCUGCAGACAGCACAUCUAUGAUGAGCAGUACCUACAGGCCCUGGACACGGACUGGCACACGCUGUGUUUCAGGUGCUGUGAGUGCGGCGCGUCUCUCUCACACUGGUACUAUGAGAAGGACGGCUGUCUCUUCUGUAAGAAGGACUACUGGGCUAAAUUUGGAGAGCUGUGUCAUGGCUGUUCAGAGCCCAUCACCACCGGACUCAUCAUGGUCGCCGGAGAACAGAAGUAUCACCCAGAAUGCUUCACCUGUCUGAGCUGCCGAGCGUUCAUCGGUGAUGGAGACACGUAUGCUCUGGUGGAGCGGUCCAAACUCUACUGUGGACACUGUUAUUACCAGACGAUCGUGACUCCGGUCACUCUGCCCGACUCGCCGUGCUCCAGGAUUCCUCACACGGUCACGCUAGUGUCCAUUCCCGCCUCCACCGAUGGGAAACGAGGCUUGUCCGUGUCCAUCGAUCAGGGCUCCAGUCCCAACGGCUUCAGCCCCGAACACACACACACCGUCAGAGUCUCCGAGGUGGACCUAGAGUGCAUCAGUCCAGACGUCAAGAACUCUAUUCAUGUUGGCGACCGGAUCCUGGAGAUCAAUGGAACCCCAAUCCAGAACGUUCCUCUGGACGAGAUUGAUCUGCUGAUCCAGGAGACCAGUCGUCUGCUACAGCUGACCAUUGAACACGACCCUCAUGACCACGGCCCCUCGGAGGACCAGGUGGACGGGCCGACACCCCCUUCUGAGGGGCCCAGUCCCAUCACGCCCAUCACACGGCCCCCCAGCCAGGACAUUAACACCUUGCGCUCGCGGAUCAUCACGCGCAGCUACAGUAUUGAUAAAUCUCCGUGCUCCAGUAACACUCCGUCUCCACUGUCUCUGAGGAAAGACAUCGGCCGGUCCGAGUCGCUGCGUGUCGUGUCCAACAGCACACACCGAAUAUUCAGAGCCUCCGACCUGAUCCACGGAGAGGUUCUGGGUACAGGCUGCUUCGGACAGGCCAUAAAGGUGACUCACAGAGAGACGGGAGAGGUGAUGGUGAUGAAGGAACUCAUUCGAUUCGACGAGGAAACACAGAGGACCUUCCUCAAAGAGGUGAAGGUCAUGAGAUGCUUGGAUCAUCCUAACGUGCUGAAGUUCAUCGGCGUCCUCUACAAAGACAAGCGGCUCAACUUCAUCGCUGAGUACAUCAAAGGAGGAACGCUGAGAGACAUCAUCAAGAAUAUGGACAGCAGUUAUCCAUGGAAACAGAGAGUGAGUUUUGCCAAGGACAUUUCCUCUGGGAUGACGUACCUGCACUCCAUGAACAUCAUCCACCGAGACCUCAACUCACACAACUGCCUGGUCAGAGAGAAUAACAGUGUUGUUGUGGCGGAUUUCGGACUGUCCCGACUCAUGGUGGAGGACAAGAAUCAGGACAAGCUGUCCUCAGGACAGAUCCCAGGCGUGAGGAAACCCGACAGGAGAAAGAGAUACACCGUGGUGGGAAACCCGUACUGGAUGGCUCCCGAAAUGAUUCACGGGAAGAGCUAUGAUGAGAAGGUGGACAUCUUCUCGUUUGGCAUCAUGCUGUGUGAGACGUGUGUGUGCUCUCUGCGCAGGCCUGCGUUUGUGAAGCUGGAGUCGUGGCUGGAGAACCUGAAGAUGCACCUGGAGAUGGGCCUUCAUCUGGUGUCCGAGCUGGAGCUCAUUCAUCAGGACUUCUGCCGGAAACACUCGAGCAGCAAGAACGGCCUCCACACGCACCCAGAGUAACAGCACACGCUCAGUGCAUGUCUGCUGUGGCUUACGGUGCAAUGUUCUUCACGUCUCCCUGAUGAAGCUCAAUGAGAUGUGAACGCAGCAGAACACACGAGACUUGCGCGUCAGCAGUGUUUUCGUUCGGUACAUCGCGCUAAUAGUCCUCGUGUCAGGCAUUUCCCGCAGUGUAAACAGAGUUAUAUUGUAAAUGUGCAGACAUUGUUUUGUAUAGUGAUCGCGCAUUGGCGUACUUUCAUCUGGAUGUUUGCUGAAAUGCAAGUCCACAUGAGAAGAUCAGGACAAUAAUGAACUGUCCGACACGUGAAGCGUCAUACAGGUCAACUCUAAGCUUCAUGGGUCAAAUUAAGGGACUGACUCUCCUCUUACCCCCAAAUCAAAAAUACAUGUAUAUAUGUGUUUUGCAUAAAACAAUGAAGCCUUUUCUUUUAAUGAUGAUUUAGUAUUUAAAUUGUAAAGUAAAUAUGCAUCACGUUAGUAUCUGUUGUAAUGAAUGUAUUUUAUGGUGAUUUCUCUCAAAGAUUUUCACAGGCUUCGUGUUAUUGUGCAAAAUUGGAUUUCUGAUUUCUUUCUUUUGAUUUGGGGAUGAAUCUCGUCGAGCUGACAGGACUUCCUGUGGUUUGCGGUGAUCUCAGCCAAUCGGAGCGCUCGGUGCUGUUGGACUGAUCUGGAGGAGUUUGUUCCCAGGCCUGUGUUUGAAGAUUUCAGACCCGGACAGAACGUGUGUGAGUGAGUGAGUGAGUGAGUGAGUGUGUGUGUGUGUGUGUGAGUGAGUGAGUGA